CGUACUUCGGACACAUUUUCUUUAGUUCCGUUCAACAUAGCUCCCUCUGUGGCGCCUUUGCCUCCCCAAACUCUGCAACACCUCUCUACUCUCUGUCCCGCAACCAUGACUACCACGAUGGGUCCACCGCCUUCCCGGAACCCUAACCCCUCGGCGGAACCGGAACCUGUAACCCAAGAAGAAUCCGAACCCACAACAGCCAAAACCUCAAUGGGUCCUCCACCUCCACCUCCUGCCAAAAAACCUAACCCCCAAAACCCGCAAGACCAAGAAAAGGAGUCAAAUUCAGAUUCAGAACCAAAUUCAAUUGAAAAGCCUUCAAAUUCAAAACAAUCUCCUGUGCCUUACACAAUCCCUCAGUGGAGUGGACCUCCUUCUCACCAUUUCUUCCUUGAGGUCCUCAAGGAUGGCUGCAUCAUUGACCAAUUUAAAGUGUACGAGAAGGGAGCUUAUAUGUUUGGGCGUGUUGAUCUCUGUGAUUUUGUGCUUGAGCAUCCCACUAUUUCGCGGUUUCAUGCUGUGCUUCAGUUUAGGAGCAGUGGGCAGGCCUAUCUUUAUGAUCUUGGCAGUACACAUGGCACUUUUAUCAACAAGAGUCAGGUGACAAAAAGGACUUAUGUGGACUUACAUGUAGGUGAUGUCAUUCGAUUUGGCCAGUCAUCUCGUUUGUAUAUCUUCCAAGGCCCUUCUGAGUUGAUGCCACCGGAAAAAGACUUGAAAAUCAUGAGAGAAGCUAAGAUCCGAGAAGAGAUGUUAGAUCAGGAAGCUUCACUUCGACGAGCAAGGGCAGAAGCAUCUCUUGCUGAUGGUAUCUCAUGGGGCAUUGGAGAGGACGCUAUUGAAGAAGCAGAGGACGAUGCUGAUGAAAUGACUUGGCAAACCUACAAAGGACAGCUUACAGAGAAGCAGGAAAAAACCCGUGAUAAGAUAAUAAAAAGGACUGAAAAGAUUGCUCAUAUGAAGAAAGAGAUAGAUGCAAUACGUGCCAAAGAUAUUGCUCAAGGCGGGUUAACACAGGGCCAGCAAACUCAGAUUGCUAGGAAUGAACAAAGAAUAACACAGAUAAUGGAAGAGCUUGAAAACUUGGAAGAGACACUAAAUGAAAGCAUUCGUGAAAGCAUAGGUGCACGUGCUGGAAGGAUAUCUCAUGGUAAGAGGAAAGGAGGGCCAGAAGAUGACGAUGAAGACUUUUCAAGUGAUGAUGAUGAAUUUUAUGACCGGACAAAGAAGAAACCUACUGUGCUGAAAGUUGGUGAAACCCAGUCUAUUGAAACUGCUGAUAGUCUUCUUGAUAAGAGAGAUGCCAUUAUGAAAGAAAUUGAAGACAAGAAGGAGUUGCUGUUAAGUGAGGGGAACAAAAUGGCAUCAGAAACUGCAUUAGAAACAGAAGCUGGAGAUGCACUUGAUGCUUACAUGUCUGGGCUUUCUUCCCAGCUAGUGCUUGAUAGGACCGCGCAACUUCAGAAGGAACUGUUUGCCCUUCAGUCUGAGUUGGACCGGAUCUUCUACCUGUUGAAGAUUGCUGAUCCAACAGGAGAAGCUGCUAAGAAAAGGGAUACUAAGGCACAAGCACCAGCACCUGACAAAUCUAGAACUCCUACUGCUGUCAAUAAGCAGCCUCCAUUGGAACCCAAAAUCAGUACAUCUAAAGAACCAGCAAAUUCUCCCAUGCCGAAAGAGGGAGUUGCAGAUGUUUCUAUGGAAUCAAGCAAGAAACCAGAAGAGAAUAUUCUUAGUGAUCCAGCUGAGGUUAAAAAGGCUAUCUAUACUGUUGUGAAGCCCCAGUGGCUUGGUGCUGUUGAGAGCAAGGAGAUUAAAGAGUCACAGCAAGAAGUAGAAGUAGAAACACAUAAAGUUGACCAAUUUGUUGAUUACAAAGAUAGGAAGAAAGUACUUGGGGGUGUUGAUGAUCCACUGGUUAAAGGGCACUCAGGAAUUGAAACUACUGCCUCUGGUCUAAUUAUAAGGAAACAGAAACAGGUUGAGAAAUCUGAAGGUGAUGACAAAGCCUCCGAUCAAUCUACGUCAUCCUCUACAGGAGCUGAAGAAAUUGCACAGAAUGCUGUGGCACUGUUGCUGAAGCACAGUAGAGGUUACCAUGCAGAGGAUGAGGAAUUGCAUGAAACCCCUGAAAUGUUGGCCAGAAAUCAAUUAAAGAAGAAAGAGAAAAAGCCAAAACAAGUGAUGGGUCCUGAGAAGCCUUCAUUUCUCAAUAGUAAUCCAGAAUAUGAAUCUUGGGUUCCUCCUGAAGGGCAAUCUGGUGAUGGGAGAACUACAUUAAAUGAUCGAUACGGGUACUGACUCACAAGCUUGUCUUAUAUUCUUUGGGUCAGAGGUGCAAAAAAUGGCCUUCUAAGAUACUGUCACAAGUUUAAGCUUAUGGGGUUGGCUCUUUGGUGGCAAACCGUCACCUCUGCUGGUGGGGAUUCUGUGUUGUGGAUUGAUGUGAAUAGGAGGAACCUUCAGUCAUUGGUUGUAACUCUUUCUAGUGAAAUGUAUUCCAAUGAAUAGAUAUAGAUGCAAUAGAUCGAAUUCAGAAAAAGAAAAAAUAUGAGAUAGAAAAUUAACAUAAAACGGUUGUUCACGAUAAUGAAUAGAAAGCUAUAAUUUGUUUUUGGAGUCUCUUCUAACUUCUAAGGAACUAGGAGUUGCAUUGUAGCAGGGCUGAUCUGUUCAUGGAUAAACCAUUGUCCAAUAGAAAAUAUGGAUUUUGUAGUUUGUACUUGUGCUCGCUGCCAUGAUAAACAAUGGCGAAUUCUGUAUCAUCAUAUGCCAGCUGCACAAAGUAAGAUUUUGUACCUUUGGGAAUCGCCACCCUUAAAUCUUGGAUGUAUACUUGGAAACUACUUGGUAUGAAGGCUGGGGUUUGAGAGAAA